GAAUAUUCUAUACCAUCCGUUACAACUAAAUUAUUAAACUCUUACUACUAACGCAACGUCUAAUAAAUCAAAUAUUAAACUCAUCUUAUAACAAAACAAACUGUAUCCUUUUUUUUUUUUUUUUUUUUUUUUUUUGACAAUUUGAUUAUCCUUUAGCAUAUCUUUUAAAUCUAUGCCCACUUAUCAUCCCCAUGUUGUAUCAUUAAGCAAGGUUACUUUGCAACAAUCUUGUCUAAACAUUGGUAGAUUCGUUGACCUUCAAUACACACCUUUUUCCACUUCUACGUUAAAGACUUUUUAAUUAAUGUUACACAAGAAUAGAGAAUAUAAAGAAACCAUUAGAGAUUAUAUCAGAGCAAAGAUGGAAGGUAACAAAUGGUUUAUACCUAUGAUCAUUUUUGUCCUUUUAAUCAUCUGCAUUCUUGAUUCUACUACCAAGUACCCAUUUCACCAUAUUACAUCACUACAACCACAUCAAGAUUCAUCAAUAUUCGUCGAAUCAAAACUGAAAACAUCUCCUACUCGUUCUAAUACAACAAUACCAAGAUUAGCCUACUUAAUAUCCGGUUCGCGUAGCGAUGGGGAGGCCAUAAAGAGGACGUUAAAAGCAUUGUACCAUCCGUUAAAUCAGUACGUGCUGCAUUUGGACCUGGAGACUUCUGAGAAGGAGAGAAAUGAGCUAGUGAAAUUUGUGAAGAGUGAGCCUUUGUUUGUGAAAAUUGGAAAUGUGAGAGUAAUUGAGAGAUCCAACUUGGUCACUUACAGAGGUCCUACUAUGGUAAGUAAUACACUUCAUGCUGCUGCCAUAUUGAUGAAGGAAGGAGGUGAAUGGGAUUGGUUUAUCAAUUUGAGUGCUUCUGAUUAUCCUUUAGUUACUCAAGACGAUUUGCUUCACAGUUUAAGGACUAUUCCAAGAUAUCUUAACUUUCUUGAACAUACAAGUGAUCUCGAUUGGAAAGAGGAAUAUAGAGCCAAGCCUGUGAUAAUUGAUCCGGGGCUGUACAGCUUGAACAAAUCAGAUGUCUUCUUUGUUGAACCCCAAAGGAGUUUGCCAACAGCAUUUAAAUUAUUCACAGGAUCUGCAUGGAUGAUGCUCUCUCGGCCCUUUAUGGAGUACAUAUUGUCUGGGUGGGACAGCCUCCCAAGGACUCUCUUAAUGUACUAUACUAACUUCCUCUCUACACCCGAAGGAUACUUCCACACUGUCAUAUGCAAUGUCCAGGAAUUUAUAAAUACUACAAUCAACCACGACCUUCAUUUUAUUGCAUGGGACAAUCCUCCUAAGCAACACCCGCACUAUCUCACGGUGGAUGAUUAUAAGGAAAUGGUCGACAGCAAUGCGCCGUUCGCUAGAAAAUUCGGGAAGAACGAACCGGUGCUUGACAAGAUUGAUUUGGAACUCUUGGGGCGUAAAGCAGAUGGUUUUAUUCCUGGUAGUUGGUUUGGGGAUGCAAAUACAACUAUUUCGGACUAUUCGUUGCGACCCGGCCCGGGUGCUCAAAGGCUAACACGUCUGAUAUCUGGUUUCUUGUCUGAUAAAGAUUUUGACAAAAAACAUUGUCUCUAAUCAAAUGGAUGUAUGUGUACUAUGGAAUAAUGAUGAUGACAAUUGUUGCUAAUGCCCCUUAUCUCAUAUGCUAUAAUAAUUGUGGGAUGGAGUAAUUAACUUUAACUAUACUGCUAGGAAGAAGUU